AAUGACACAAAUACAGCGUUCCUUAGAGCGGCCAGAGCAGGUGACCUACAAAAGCUGGUAGAGUACCUUGAAACGGAACAGGUCACAGACAUAAACACAUGUAAUGCGAACGGCCUGAACGCGCUGCAUCUGGCCGCCAAGGAUGGCCACUACGAGAUCGUGCAGGAGCUGCUCAAGCGGGACGCCAACGUGGACAACGCAACGAAGAAGGGCAACACGGCGCUGCACAUAGCGUCGCUGGCCGGCCAGAAGGAAAUUAUCCAGCUGCUGCUUCAGUACAAUGCCUCGGUCAACGUGCAAUCGCAGAACGGUUUCACGCCGCUCUAUAUGGCCGCCCAGGAGAACCACGACGAAUGCGUCAAUUUGCUGCUGGCGAAAGGAGCGAAUCCGGCCCUGGCUACGGAGGACGGAUUCACACCUCUGGCCGUAGCAAUGCAGCAAGGUCACGACAGAGUUGUGGCGGUUUUGCUUGAAAGUGAUACCCGGGGCAAGGUGCGAUUGCCGGCGUUGCACAUAGCGGCCAAGAAGGAUGACGUCAAGGCGGCGGCACUUUUGCUUGAGAACGAGCACAAUCCGGACGUAUCAUCCAAGAGUGGUUUCACUCCGCUGCAUAUAGCUGCCCACUAUGGGAAUGUCAAUGUCGCCCAGCUGCUGAUUGAGAAGGGUGCCGACGUAAACUUCACUGCCAAACACAACAUCACACCGCUCCACGUUGCCUGCAAGUGGGGCAAGCUGAAUAUGGUAUCGUUGUUAAUCAAAAACAAGGCGCGAAUCGACAGCGUCACCCGGGAUGGUCUGACACCGUUACACUGCGCGGCACGUUCCGGCCACGACCAGGUCAUCGAGCUUCUGCUGGAGAACGAAGCCGAUAUCAUUGCGAAGACGAAGAACGGUCUUGCGCCGCUCCACAUGGCAGCCCAAGGGGAGCACGUGAGCGCGGCCCGAAUCCUCCUGGUUAACAAAUCCCCCGUGGACGACAUCACUAUUGAUUAUCUAACGGCGCUACACGUGGCCGCUCACUGUGGUCACGUAAAGGUUGCUAAGCUCCUGCUGGACCGUAAUGCAGAUCCGAAUGCUAGAGCACUGAACGGGUUCACCCCGCUGCAUAUCGCUUGUAAGAAGAAUCGCAUCAAGGUGGUCGAAUUGCUGCUCAAGCACGGUGCUACAAUCAGUGCUACUACGGAAAGUGGGCUUACGCCACUGCACGUGGCCAGCUUUAUGGGAUGCAUGAAUAUUGUGAUUUAUCUGCUGCAACACGACGCUAGUCCUGAUAUACCGACGGUGCGCGGAGAGACUCCGCUUCAUCUGGCUGCUCGCGCAAAGCAAAGUGACAUCAUUAGGAUUCUCCUCCGAAAUGGGGCCUAUGUUAAUGCACAGGCACGUGAAGAUCAAACGCCGUUGCAUGUUGCUUCCAG